CAAUUAAGGUUUAGCGGCAAGGCUAGUGUUGCAUCUAGAAUAAACUAUGCAAAAGCGGUAAACUUUAAUGUGUGACUAAGAUCUUUUUAUCUUUUGAUUGACAACAAGUUAAAACACAUCUUUAAUCUUCCCAACAGCGAAAUACAUAAGUGCAGCUAAUUUCGUCAAGGACAAAACAUUUCUACUGAAAUAAUCAUCACCACCACCACCAUCAUCAUCAUCAACCACUUAGGUAUUUGACAAUCCAUCAACUUCCCCAAGGUCUCGUUACACCCUAUCGACAUCGUCUACAGGCAUCUAGUAGUAUUAGAAACGUUGCACAGCAAAGCUGCAACAUGUCGUCGCCGGCGCCAAGCAACGACGGGGAGGCCCCCAAGAACAACCAGGAGCAGAUCACUUUCCGCUUCUGCGCAGAGUGCUCAAACAUGCUGUACCCUAAAGAAGAUGAAGAUGCCCACAAGCUUCAGUUCACCUGCCGCACAUGCCAAUAUACCGAAGAGGCAACAUCUUCUUGUGUUUUCCGCAAUAUUAUCAACAGCGCAGCAGGAGAGACAGCUGGUGUGACCCAGGAUGUGGGAUCGGACCCUACGCUUCCGCGAUCCAACAAAACCUGUCCUGUGUGCAAGCACGAAGAAGCGGUCUUCUUCCAGUCCCAGCAGCGAAGCGCAGAAACUGGCAUGAAACUUUUCUACGUGUGCUGCGAAUGUGGCCACAUAUUCCAGUAAUGAGGAUCCUUGAAGUUUAGAGUUAUGAAGGUUGGGUGGCAGGAGACACGCAGGGACUUCUCACAUGACAACUGAGGUCAUUUCGAUAUUGCAUAAACCGGCGUUUGGAACCCUUUUCCGCGGGAUUUCUUAAAGAAACCUCCCUGCAAGGAAAACUACAUUUUAAUUCGGCAUCAAUAUACUUUAAUUCCCACUAAAC